AUGACUGCUGCCGCGAUGGACGGCGAGCCGCCCCCAGGCACCGCGGGCGCCGGCACAGCCAGUGAUUUGGCAAAGCCUCCAGUAAAUGAACCAAGGGAACCAGAACAGUUUCUAAUGCAGGCGCCCCAGGGAAAUCCACUGCUGCUUUCCCACACCCUACAAGAGCUAUUGAGCAAGGAUAGUGUGCAGGUGGAGCUUAUACCUGAGAAGAAGGGCCUUUUUCUGAAACAUGUGGAAUACGAGGUUUCCAGCAAGAGAUUCAAAUGCUCAGUCUACAGGCGAUACAACGAUUUUGUGGUGUUCCAUGAGAUGCUGCUUCAGAAGUUCCCAUAUCGUAUGGUGCCAGCACUUCCACCAAAGAGGAUGCUGGGAGCUGAUCGAGAAUUCAUAGAAUCUCGGAGGAGAGCGCUGAAGCGUUUUAUAAACCUGGUGGCUCGACAUCCCCCUUUCUCAGAAGAUGUGCUCUUGAAACUCUUUCUGUCAUUCAGUGGCUCAGAUGUACAGAAUAAGCUAAGAGAGUUGGUCCAGGGAGUAGGAGAUGAAUUUAUGACCUGCAGAUUAGCUACCCAGGCGAAGGACUUCCUUCCAGCUGACAUACAGGCCCAGUUUGCUGCCAGCAGGGAGCUCAUCAGAAAUAUUUAUAAUAGCUUUUAUAAGCUUCGGGACCGUGCGGAGAGGAUAGCUUCUCGAGCCAUUGAUAAUGCCUCAGAUCUUCUCAUAUUUGGAAAGGAGCUAAGUGCUUUGGGCUCGGACACUACACCGCUUCCUUCAUGGGCUGCUUUGAAUAAUAGCACAUGGGGGACUCUGAAACAAGCCUUGAAGGGUCUGUCUGUUGAAUUUGCACUUCUGGCAGAUAAGGCUGUGCAGCAGGGUAAACAGGAAGAGAAUGAUGUGGUGGAGAAGCUGAACCUUUUCCUGGAUUUACUCCAGUCCUAUAAAGACCUGUGUGAAAGACAUGAGAAGGGGGUAUUGCACAAGCACCAGCGAGCAUUGCAUAAGUACAGCAUGAUGAAGAAGCAGAUGAUGAGUGCCACCGUGCAGAACAAAGAACCAGAAUCGGUGGAGCAAUUGGAGUCUCGGAUUGUAGAGCAAGAAAAUGCUAUCCUAACCAUGGAGCUGCGGAAUUACUUCUCUCUGUAUUGCCUGCAUCAGGAGACACAGCUUAUCCACAUCUAUCUGCCUCUCACGUCUCACAUUUUGGGGGCCUUUGUCAACUCCCAGAUCCAAGGUCACAAAGAGAUGAGUAAAGUUUGGAAUGAAUUGAAGCCGAAGUUGAGCUGCCUCUUUGUGGGAUCUAGCAAUAUGCCAACUCCACCAUUGUCACCUCCAGAGGGAAACUUCUUCUCCAAUUAAUGCUCUGAGCAUCUAGCGUGGAGCAAGAAGUGCAAUCAAGGAAGGGGUGGGACCUCUACCUCCAGAUGUUAGAAUGAAUCCUCCAAACAGCUGUUAUUUUUUUUUAUUAUUUUUUUAUUUUAAUACCGCUGCUUUGAGCUGCUCUCUGAUUUAGACAGAGUGGAUGUGGGGCAGAACAUACAGAUAUAAAGACAAUCUCUUAAUUUUGAAGUGCUCUGGGGCAGAGCUGAUGUUCAUUAUCCUGCAGACACUCUUCAUGGGGUCAGGGUGUGACCUGGUGCAGCGAGUGCUGCAGUGUUGUUGCUGAUGCCUCUGCAUCUUAGUACUAACAGUCCUCCAGUAAUGUUUAUCUGCACACAUGCUGACACAUCUCUGCACAUCUCUGAAGUGCUGAGAUGAACAGGAUAUGUGAAGCACUUGCUUGUAGUAGAGAUGGAUUGCCUUUUAAGCUUGGGAGGGCCUGUGUUAGGGGCAUAUAAGGAAAGCUGAAAGCCAUCCCCCAUCCCAUUGAUAGGUGUCUGGAUUUGAUUUCUUACUGCUAGACUUUAGCACAAAAUACGUGAAUGAAGGGGUUGGAUUCACUGACCCAGCUGGGCAGGGGUUAGUGCUGCUGUGUGACAGUAAUUUUCUCAGUGAGGCUAGGCAGACUGUACUGUCAGUGUGUUCUAGUUCACGGUUGCAGGGCAGCCUAGGGACUUGGUCAUAUUUUUCAGUUUGGGGCCAAAGACAAGUGGGUUCAGGAACUCAUAGGAGUUUGCCUGACAUAAAUGAGAAAAUAAUUGAAUAAAACACUCCUUAAUUGUAAACAACUCAUGCUAUACGAGCAGAACAGCUACAAGGUAGCUUGUUUAUUUUCUCUGGAGGUUCUGACAUCCAUCUGUUGAGUAGCUGUUUAGGACUAUUGGAGAGCUGCUGACCCAAAGGCUGGUGUUUUCUUGGUCUAAUAUCAGAUGAAGUAUCCUGUUACACCAGCAGGCUGGGACACAAUGCUGAUAAAGUUCAUUAGCAAAAAAUCAGUAUUUAUCAGGAUGUUACUGUCAUUCUUUUUUCUGGCUGUGGGUAGCAUUGCAGUGUGUUUGUGAAGGAGAGAAGACAAGUAAGUGACAGUUCUCGAUCUCUCUAAAAAUAGCACGGUCCUUGGUAAUGGGGUUUUCAGAAUGAUUUGUGGUCGUGAUAAAGGGACUAAACAUUCUGCAUGUUUCACUUUGUAUCUCUGGUGACUUUCCUUCAUGAGGCAAAGGGUAGGGGGAGGAGAACUUGCAUGUCAUGUUACCUUAGGGGAAAUUGUGCAUAUCCUCCAGAGAAACGGAUAAUUGAACAAACUGCAAAUGUAAGCAGCAAAACUCUACAUGAACAGGACUCCCCUGAACCUAACUUCUCUGGGGCCAAAAUAGCUGCCAAAGGGCAAUUUGAGACUUGGCUUCUUAGCGUUUUCUUUGAGUGGGUAAAAAGGAAGCACACUAACAAGGAUGAGUGCUUGCUGUCAAACUGGAACCGUUACAGUAUUUUCCCAUUGGGGAACUUCCCCAUUAGCAGGAAAUAUAUUUAAAU